CCCAUUACCUCAUGGGAUCAUUAGGUCGACAUGAUCUCGCCGCGGCCAGCACUGAAGCCACCUCCCCGCUGGGACGGAGGCCAGAGGCCCUUUCCCCUCCUCUACACACAGGUGCAGCCCUGCAGCGGGAGGCGCGGGCCCGCGGCCAUGUCGGGAGGCAGGGGGCACCUCCUGAGGGGGGCCCCCGACAUGGCGGCGGGCGGCAAAGCGGGACAGCCACCCCGCGCCAGGCCCGCUCAGCUCCCCGCCCUACCCCCCUUCCCCCGGGGGGCUGCCCGGCAAGGCGGCAUUGUUGGCCGCGUCCAUCACUCCCCGUCCCCGGCUGACAUAAUGAAUGAGCUUGGACACACCUUCCAGCCCGGCGAAGAGGCGCGCCGAGUCUCCACGGACAGCCCCACUGAACUCUCCGCUCCGCUCCCCUCAGCCCUCGGGGAGGCGGCCCGCAAGCCCGCCCGGCCCCAUAGCCCGGCGCCCCGUCCCAGCCCAGUGAGGGGCCGCGGCGGCUGGGCUGGGCUGGGCCGGGCAGGGCGACGGGGGGUAAGAGCCCUCGCUAUGCUGCCCAGCGCCCUGUACUGGGACCUAGUGGGCUCCUCGGCUCUUCUCAACCUGCCGGCAGCGCCGGGCUUCGGCAACCUGGGCAAAAGUUUCCUCAUCGAGAACUUGCUGCGGGCCGGGGCGCCUCCGAGCCCUGCCCAGCUCCGUCCCCUCCCCGCCAGCCCCGUCCCCCUCAAGCUGUGCCCCGCGGCGGAACAAAUCAGCCCCUCAGGGGGUCCGUACCCGACAAGAUGGGCUUUUCAAGUGCUUAACCCCUCCGUGGCGGAAGGCGGCCGUCUGCCAGCGAGGGCUCCGGCGGCGGAGAGAGGCGGCGUCUUCCCGCCGGCAGCCACAGCUCUUUCCAAACACUUUUUUCUCCGAGCCCCGCCAUUCUACUCAGCAUGCUGUGGUGGGUCCUGUCAGCACCCUGCAUCCCCCACUGCUUUUCCAAGAGAGGAAAGUGUGCUGCCUCUUCUGACCCAGGAGUCUAAUUCCAAAUCCCGAAGAGGUAUAUUAAGAAGAGCUGUCUUUUCUGAAGACCAGAGGAAAGCUUUGGAGAAAAUGUUUCAGAAGCAGAAGUAUAUUAGUAAAACAGACAGGAAGAAACUGGCCAUUAACCUGGGUCUAAAGGAGUCUCAGGUGAAAAUUUGGUUUCAGAAUCGAAGGAUGAAAUGGCGUAACUCCAAAGAAAAAGAAGUGCUUUCAAACAGGUGCCUCCAAGAAGAAGGUCUGCAGGAGAACUACCUCUCACGAUCCACCAUGAGUUUUGCUUCCCCAUGCCCAUCUGUGUGGGAAGUGACCCAGGAGCAAGCAAGUCCAAGGUGGAGGGAGACUUCUCCAGGAAAUUCUGAAAGACUGAUGAGUACACAACCACCUCCAAGAGCAAAUUUGUCGCAGAGCCCACUGUAUUUGUACCCUGACCAAGACACUGCAAAUAAGGCAGUUACAUCAUCAGCUUAAGGAACAGGGGCAGUUUGUAAAUUGAGUGGAGAGCACAGGCUUCAAAUGAGCAGUCUUCUAAGACUAACAAUAUUUGGACGUUGUAACUAGUUAAUGCUCAUAAAUUUGCUAAAGUCUAACACCAUUAAAAUGACAAAUAACUAAUGAUUUAAGACAUAUUCUUCAAUACUCAGUCUUUUUGUGUGUCUUUUCCAGUUUUGUACUGACCUUAAAAGUGAAAUAGGAACUGAUGGUAAGUAAAAUGAAGUGAAGAGCAUGAAGCUGAAGUUGUGCUCCGAUUUAUACAUCUGCACUGUAUGAUAUUCAUUAAAAACACAGUGAUAGAGAA